AAUAAGCUCCAUCAAUGCCACUUCUUCUUCCCACCAUCUUGUGCCCACCUCAAUACCCUAUCGUUCCGAGCAGCCAUGGACGACAAUGACGACUGUAUAUUCUGUAGCCCUUUUCAAACUUGUCAGCCUAGAAUAAGCUCCUCAACAGAACCUGAUCUUCUGGGUGAUCACUUCAACGAUUAUGACAGUAAAUCCUUGGAGAUAUUUCAACAGUUCAAGACCAAGCAAUCAUCUCCACUGCUCCGUCAUCAUCCAUGGCAGUUCUUCUCCCCACCAUCUUGUGCUCAUCUCGAAACCCUAUCUUUCCGCACAGCCAUUGACAACGACGACGACGACAAUAACGUGAACCAUGUAAGUUUUUCAAUAACCGAUGAACCAGAUUAUUAUUAUUAUUUUGACGGUGGUGAUCAGUCUUUGGAGAUGUUAGUGCGUGGAAUAUUGAGUUGUUCAUAUCAGAGGUUGUUUUUUGAGCCUAAUGGCAACAACACAAGCUCAUCCAUGUUAGACAAGACCAACAAGGAAACCUUCGAAGCUGUGUCUGAAAAUGAAAGAUCCGAGGUUGAUGAUGUGGAAGAGAGUGAUCCGAUAAUGGUGGUUUUGGAAUCAGAAGAUCCUUUGGAGGACUUUAAGAGAUCAAUGGAGGAGAUGGUGGAGUUUCUGGGAGUGAAGGAUUGGGAAGGAUUGGAGGAGUUGUUGAGUUGGUAUUUAAUAAUAAAUGAGAAGAUAAAUGAAGGGUUUAUAGUGAGAGCUUUUAUGGAUUUAGUGUCUAAUUUAUCAACGUCUGCCGGUGGCUGCUCUUCUGCUGAGUCAUACUCUGAUGCACUUUCUUCUUUGCCAUUGGCUUAGGUCAAGAACGUU